AUGAAGUGGCUUGUCCUGGCCCUGGUGUGUCUCCAGCUCUCAGAGGGGCUGGUGAGAAUCAAACUGAAGAAAGCCAAGUCAAUACGGGAGAAAAUGAGGGAGGCUGGAGUGCUGGAGGACUACCUGAAGAAAAUUAAAUACGAUCCAGUUAAGAAAUACCGCUUCAGUGAGGACUAUGUUGUGUAUGAGCCGAUAACCAACCACCUAGACUCCUCCUACUUCGGGGAGAUCAGCAUCGGGACCCCCCCGCAAAACUUCUUGGUGCUCUUCGACACCGGUUCCUCCAGCCUGUGGGUGCCCUCCACCUACUGCCAGGCGCCGGCGUGCUUCAAUCAUGCCAAGUUCGAGCCCAGCGAGUCCUCCACCUUCAUCUGCGACGGCCAGUCCUACACCAUCUCCUACGGCAGCGGCGCGUUGGCAUGCAGCCUGACCUGGCCUCCUCUCCCGCUGCAGAUCGACAGCAUCGCCGUCACACACCAGGAGUUCGGGCUCAGCAAGAAGGAGCCAACCCAGCCUUUCUACUACGCCGAGUUUGACGGGAUCCUGGGAAUGGCCUACCCCUCGCUGGCGGCAGGAGGGAUGACCACUGUGCUGCAGGGCAUGCUGCAGCAGAACCAGCUCACCCAGCCCAUCUUCAGCUUCUACUUCUCCCGCCAACCCACCUACAACUAUGGGGGAGAGCUCAUUCUGGGAGGAAUUGACACUCUGUUCUUCCAUGGGGACAUUUCGUGGGCACCGGUGACCCAGGAGCUUUACUGGCAGGUCGCGCUUAACGAGUUUGCCAUUGGACAGUCAGCGACCGGCUGGGGGAGCCAGGGGGUGCCGGCCCCCCUGAUGAACAGCUUCCUUCAGGCCGUGGGCGCCCAGCUGACCAGCUACGGUUAUGCAGUUGACUGCAACAAGGUGCAGGACAUGCCCACCAUCACCUUCGUCAUCAACGGAACUCAGCUCCCGCUCGACCCCUCCGCCUACGUCUUGAACAACAACGGCUACUGCACUCUCGGGAUUGAGGCUACCUACCUGCCUUCCCAGAACAACCAGCCGCUCUGGAUCUUGGGCGACGUCUUCCUCAAGGAGUAUUACACCGUCUUCGACAUGGCCAACAACCGUGUCGGCUUCGCCCCGUCAGCGUAG